AUGUUUUUUAGUGGAUUUGGAGGAAGACAAGGAAACCCUACUCCAGACUCAGGAGAUGGAGGAAAGGAUUCUGUAGGUAAAGGUUCUGGUGGAAAAGGAGGUGGAAGUAUCAAUGGUAAUUUUGACCCAACAGCUUUGGAGAGAGGAGCAAAAGCUUUGAAACAGCUAGAUUCUUCUCCAAAUGCACAAAAAGCAUUUGAGAUUAUAAAGCUUCAGGAAAAGACUAAGCAAAAGGAACUGGAGCGUGAUAUUGAACAGAGCUCUGCUUAUAGGUCAAAGGCAAAUCUUGAGAGGACUCGAUUAGAAGCUGAUGAGAGAAGGAAAACAAUUACUCAUCAACAGGAGGAGGAAAGAGCCACAUCCCAGUACAAGGCUAAACUUGAGACAGAGGCAUAUUAUAAAAAACUGAAGGAACAAGAAAGUCAGAAUGCCAGGAUGUUGAAACAACAACACGAAAAGUUUUUGGAACAGGAGGAAAUUAGGAAAAAGAAUGAGCGAGAAAUACUUGAAAUGAGGAGAAAACAAUCAGAAUAUGACAAUAAGCUGGAACAAGAGAAUAUCAAGGUAAGAAUUAGAGAAGAAACUAUCGGGAGGAUUAAAGCUGAGAGAGAGAAUGCAGAUAUUAGAUUGAGUGAAAUUAGAGCUAAGGCAAAAGAAAGUAGGAUAACUCAUUUAGAAUCAAUUAGAACCAUUUUUGGUGGAAUUAAAGAGAUUGGAAAUUCCUUAUAUCAGGACAAAUCAAAACUAACAAUGUUAGUUGGAGGUUUAACGGCAAUGGCUUUUGGAAUUUAUGGAGCUAAGAACACUACAAGAGUAUUAUCAAACUUAUUAGAAACCAGCUUUGGAAAACCGAGUCUCAUUAGAGAAACCAAUAUGAGUUUUUUAACCAGACACGGGUUAAUACCUAGAAGUAACUUUUUUUCUCCAGCAAUUACUUACAGACUUUUGGGAUUGAGAAAUAGAUUAAUAAAAAAACCUAAAAUCUUUGAAAAUAUUGUAUUACCUUCAGAAUUGGAAAAUAGACUUAAUUGGACUGUCAACACCUUAGUCAACUCAAAAAGAUUUGAUGUUCCUUUCAGAAAUAUGUUGCUUUGGGGAAAACCUGGAACUGGGAAAACAAUGUUUGCUAGAAAGCUUGCGAAAGAAAGUGGACUAGAUUAUGCCAUAAUGUCUGGAGGAGAUGUGGGACAACUUGGAAAAAAUGGAGUUACAGAGUUGAACAAAGUUUUUGAUUGGGCUCGUAAGUCUAAUAAAGGUAUGUUAUUAUUUAUUGACGAGGCUGAAGCAUUUUUAUCUAAAGGGAGAGAAUCCAUUAAUUACAAUAAAUCUGAAGAUUCCAGAAAUGCAUUGAGUGCUUUUCUUCACCAAACAGGAACUGAGUCUAAAGAUAUUUGUAUUUUACUUGCCACAAAUGUCCCCGAGACUUUAGAUAAAGCUGUAAUUGAUCGGGUUGAUGAAAUCUUUGAAUUCCCCAAUCCCGGUUUUAAUGAAAGGCUUAAAAUUAUUAAACAAUUUUUGGAGCUCCACUUUAAUAGUCGUUACCUAUCUGGAGAAUUCGUUAGAUCAUCAUCUAAUUCUAUUAAAAUACAUCCUUCUUUGGACCAGACAGUAUUGGAUAUAUUAGCUAAAAAAACAGAAGGAUUCUCUGGAAGACAGCUUUCCAAACUAGUUUUGGGAAUGAAAUCUAUAGUACUCGGAUCCGGAGUAGAGUCACUUACUCCCGAGAUUGCUGAAUCUGCCCUUUCCUGGAAACUGGAAGGUGAAAAUAGUUUGAACAUGUGUUCUUCCUCCAAUUUUCUAUCAUCUACCAUUAAAUCUUCUAACUUAAAUUUUGAUAGCUCCAGUAAUUAUCAGAUGAAUUUGAAAUGA